AUGUUGGAGAGAAAUGGAAUACUAAAGAUUGCUAAUGUUGGGGAUUGUGGACUGAGGGCUAUCCGGGAAGGCCGGGUAUAUUUUUCCGCAUCUCCACAAGAACAUUAUUUUGAUUGUCCCUACCAGUUGAGCUCAGAAAUUGUCGGCCAAACAUACCUUGAUGCAGCGGUUGGCAGAGUGGAAGUAAUGGAAGGAGACACCAUAGUGAUGGGCUCAGAUGGGCUUUUUGACAAUGUUUUUGAUCAUGAGAUUGUUUCGACAAUUGCUAGACAUAGUGAUGUUGCUGAGGCUGCAAAGGCAUUAGCUAACCUAGCAAGCAUCCAUUCAAUGGAUUCAGAAUUUGAAUCCCCCUAUUCAUUGGAAGCCAGAUCAAAGGGCUUUGAUGUUCCUUUCUGGAAGAAAGUUCUUGGCAUGAAGCUCACUGGUGGAAAACUUGAUGAUAUCACUGUGGUUGUUGGUCAGGUUGUGAGCUCACAACAUAUUUCCCUCUUGGCUGAGGAUCAGAGAGGUGAAACUCAUAUAGAACAAGAAAAAAACCUCGAAGCAUAG